AUGGCGACUCGCAGGUUGGACGUGGUUAGCCAUAGGGGUGAAAUGGUGACGCAGAGGACGCAUAACCUCAUCAAGAGCGACCGCCAUUUCUUCUCUUCGUCAGACGAUGGCGCGAUCAUGAAGCAGAUCCUCGCCACCCACCAGCCCGACGGCCGUGAGGUCGACUGCCAGUCUCUCCUCAAUGUGAUCGAGGACAUCGUUCAUCGGGCAACGCCGACCGUCGCCACUUUGACCCAAGGGGUAACUCAGUUUCUCUUCCGUAUACCAGCUUUCGUUUGGGACCGGAGCAGAGAUCGAAUAGUUUCUUCUGAGAUUGAUUGAAGCAUAGAAGCGCCCACAUUAACUAACAGAGAUUCGCCAAAUUUCACACUUUUAAAUUUAACUACAUUCACGUGGUUUUAUUCACAUAAGUAUUUUUCUGUGUCAAUUAAUUUUGAUUAUAACUACAUACUAGUAUAGACUCCUAUGACCUAAUAUAAAACUGACUUUAUGAUUAUAAAUGCGUAGAAACUCCUUUAUUCAUGAUUUUAGGUUGAAAGAUCUUACAACUCUAACAUGGCAUCGGAAUUAAUGCUCGCUCAUUAGUUACAUGAAUCCUAAAUGUUUUGUUAACAAUAUAACGCUAAAAAGUUAGCUUAGAUAUUAAGAGAAUUAUUAGAAUAGAAUUACCUUUUAUUUGUAAAAUUUGUUGAAGUUUUUUUCAUUGAAGGUUUUUUUAGAAGUGGCAAUUUUUCAAGACAAUAUGCUGGAUGGGUUUUAUCGUUGUGUUGUGUAGUCCUUAUGCAAUAUGCCUACACAAUGGUGUGAAUAUGUGAAUGAAAGCGUUAGAAUAGUAUAACCUUGAACAUUACUAAAAAAUAAUGCUUAAAUAUUUGUGUUGAAAUGAUUCUGGUUUGACAAAAUUCUUGUGAGCAUUUCACUGAAUAAGAAAAUUAUCUAUUUUGACUGGAGCUUUAACAAGUUUGUUCUAUUAUUUUAGGUGAUCUUGCAACUAAAAUAACCAAAUUUAUAGUAUUAUCUGGAAACAUUAUUCAGUUAUAAAAUGUGGUUAUGGAUUCCAGCAAUCAUUUCACGUGCUGACAAAUUAUCUAUUGUGAUAUGAUAUUUUAAUUAUUUUCUUCUAUAAAGACGAGUGAAACCUGGAGCAAAAUCAUCCAACUCUAUUAUUAUGUUUUCAAAGUAGACAGAUUAGUGUUAUUUCUUUUUACGGAUGUGAACCGGUGGAUUGGACUAUGGUUUUUCGGCAGACUCCACAUCUCCCGUCGGAGGCGACGAGCAGUCAGAAGCUAGCUCAGAAUCCUCUGGAUACGGCGGACAAGGUGGCCUUCCACACCGGCGUUUCCAAUGUGUUUGAAGUUCUCGCUCACGUGAUCCACCGGCUCUCCUGCGAGGUGACCAUAGGAGAGCUUUUCCUCAGCGUGCAUAUAUAUAACAUAUAUAUAUCCAUCAUAUACCUUUGUAUCUCUGUAUCUAUGUACGUAUAUCUUUAUACAUCCUAGUUUAACUAGCAGGGUUGGGCAUGCAGAUCUCGUACAAGUGCAGCAGCGGCGGGGACGGGCACGCCGCGGCGUUCGGGUUGUUCGAGUCCCUGGCGGGCUACUCGUGGGAGGCGAAGGCGGUCAUCGCGCUGGCGGCGUUCGCGGCGCUGCACGGGGAGUUCUGGCUGGUGGUGCAGCUGCAUACUGUAAACCCGCUUGCGCAGUCGCUGGCGCUGCUCAAGCAGCUGCCCGACAUCCUCAACCACGGCGACACGCUGAAACAGCGCGCAGACGCCAUCGGCAACCUCAUCAGUGCCAUGCUGGUCGUCACCCGGUGCGUCGUCCAGUUCAACGAGCUCCCCGCCGAAGAUGUUUUGACCGAGGACAUAGCCGAUGCCAUGACCCUCAUCCCCACGGCGGCCUUCUGGAUCGUCAGGAGCAUUGUCGCCUGCGCCAACCAGAUCGUAGCCUUCAUCGGAUUUGGCCACGAGUGAGUUGACCACUGAGGGAAACGCAUCAAUUCUGAGUCUUCUCAUCUUGCUCCUCUUCCCAUCUAGCUCCUCAUCUUCAUCCAGGUACGUAAGCGCCGGCGUGGAGGCCUGGGAGUUGUCCAGCCUGGAACACAAGCUGCGCAGCAUCUUCGACCACCUCUCAAGGGAGCACAGUGCGUGCCAGAGGCAUAUUGGUCAGCGAUUUCUCGAACUUGGUCCAUGAUUCUGGGUUCUUCUCUCUCUACUCAGCGAGUUCAGCGGCUCUGUCUAUCACUUGAGUUAAUACUUUAAAGACUCGAUGCUGGGAAUCUGAUGGCUAUGUUCUGUAAUUCAGACGAGAAGAGGCAGUCCAAGGCCUAUGACAACCUGGUGAAUCUCUUCCGAUUGUCCCACAUAGACAACAUGAAGAUUCUCAAGGCGAUGAUCCACUCCAAGGACAAUCUCCCCCUUAUUGACCUUAGCGCGAAGAAGCGGCUCCCAGUGGACGUCCUCCGCCGGAAAACGGUGAUCCUCUUCGUCUCCGACCUCGACGUCUCCCAUGAGGAGCUCUUCAUUCUGGUGCAGAUAUACAACGACACCCACCAGGGCAAGCUGGAGAGGAACUACGAGAUCGUCUGGCUCCCGGUGAUUGACCGUCUGAUCCCCUGGACGGACUCCCGAGAGGAGGAGUUCAACAGGCUGGCGUCGGUGAUGCCGUGGUUCUCCUUGCAUCACCCUUCUCUGCUGGAACCGUCGGUGGUGAGGUACGUGAGGGAGGCAUGGCAGUUCGAGAAGAAGCCACUGCUGGUGGUGCUGGACCCCCAGGGGAAGGUGGUCUGUCCAAACGCUCACCACAUGAUCUGGAUCUGGGGCAGCGUCGCCUUUCCCUUCACCAGCGUCAGGGAGGAGCAGCUCUGGAAGGAGGAGGCCUGGAGGUUGGAGUUCCUCAUCGACGAGAUCGAUCCCCUCAUACUUCAAUGGGUAUUACAACCAUCGUUUCAUCCGCAUUCUUCAUAUUAUUAAGAAUUUAUCACCAUUAAUUCUAUACUAACCGGAAAAUCAACAAACUUUUAUAAUCUUAGGAUUUUACUUGUAUCGUUCAAUAUGAGAUCAUUCUAACAUUCUCUCUCACAUAAAAACUGAUUUAUAAAUUUCGCCACAUGGACAGUCCAAGAGAGACUGAAUGGUCAAUGAAUGAGAACUGGUUCUACUGUCAUGUUCAGAUUAUUAAGCCGUCUAAUUCUAAAUCAACUGAUAAUAACUUGAAUAUGACCUAUUCUAUACCACAAUAUUUAUUCGUUUUUUCUAAUGUGAAAAAUAUUUUAACAAGCAUAACAGGGCAUGCCAGAAAAAUCGUUCAUUGAUUACAAAAAUACAUAUUUAGUUAAAAUUGUGAUUCUACUUGGUUUUUAGCUGGAUCAUCGGAUCAUCUUACAAGUUUGUUCUUCAUGUUCGUUUCCUUUUUACAGGUUAGGGAAGGUAGGACCGUAUGCUUGUACGGAGGGGAGAACAUCGAAUGGAUCAGGAGGUUCACCACGACAAUGAGGAGGGUAACCACGGAGGCCGGGAUCCCCCUGGAGAUGGUGUACGUGGGGAAGAGCAACCCAAAGGAGCGGGUGAAGAAGGCCAUCGCCGUCAUCGCCGCUGAGAAGCUGAGCGGCUACUGGCACGACAUGGCCAUGAUAUGGUUCUUCUGGAUGCGGCUGGAGAGCAUGUGGCAUUCCAAGAGCCAGCACAGCACGGACGUCCAGAACGACCACCUCUUGCAGGAAGUGGUUGCGAUGCUCAGCUUCGACGGCAACGACGAGGGCUGGGCCCUGGUCAGCAAGGGCGGUACGGACAUGGCGAAGGCGCAGGGGAGGAAGAUAAUGGACUGCCUGACCAACUUCGAUAACUGGAAGGCCAGCGUAGAGAACGGGGACUUCGUGACUGCGCUGAGGAACGCACUCGUGCCCUACCAUGAUGAGGACCACUGCUCCCGCCUGGUGCUACCCGAGGACUCGAGGAAGAUAAAGGACCAUGUUAUCUGUGCCGAGUGCAAACGUCCCAUGGAGAAGUAUGUCCUCUACAAGUGCUGCAACUACUGA